CUUGGGAAAUUCCAAAUGGGCGGAUCUGAGUCAAGGUUCCUCCUGGGCAAGCGGAGAGGAAGUAAAAGCGAUGCUCGUGAACGCAAAGCUCUGGAGGUCCCGAAGCUGUUUGGACCUCGAUCUGUACAAUUUUAGCAGGGAGAAAUACCUGGAAAUUCAGUAAUUAAUCUGCAGUUAUGGAAGGCAAGGGGCCCUAUCGAAUCUAUGACCCUGGUGGGGGGACACAGGAAGAAGCAUCUGCUGCCUUCGAACGGCUAGUGGAAGAAAAUGUAAAACUUAAGGAGAAGAUGCAGGGAAUUAAAUCUCUAGGUAACGGAGAGUUAUUAGAAGAGUCUCAGUUAGAAGCCUCCAGAUUACGUCAAAAAGUGGAAGACCUCGUGAAGGACAAUGAAAUGCUAAGAUCAACCUCCUCUUUUGAAAAAUUUGAACAAAUAGCAGGUGGGAUUCCAGAACUUUGCUCGUCCUCAGAUAUUCCGGUUGAAGGUGAGAAGAACCCAGAAAAAGCAGCACAGAAGCCAUCUUCCAGCGGAUCCUCAUCUGAAUUUGAAAUUGUUGCCAAUGAAGAUAAGAGAUCCUCUCAAGAAAGUAGUAGGAAAUCUGACUUAGAGCCGCUUCUGAACGAGGACACCAACCUUAUGCUCCACCUUCAGCGCUUCGAGAACACGCUCAGUCUUUUCGCUGAGGAGUCUGACAAAACCCAGCUUUUUGCCCAUCUGGGCCGCAUGGCUCUGGAGUUUAACCGCCUGGCCUCCAAAGUGCACAAGAACGAGCAGAGGACAUCUAUUCUUCAGGUCCGAGGGCUGCUGACAUUGUGUGAACAAUUACGGAAUGAAAAUGAGGAGCUGAGGACAAAGUUGGAGAGGGAACUAGAGCAAAGGAACGAGAUAUCAGAGAAACUAAGGUGUGAGAAUCUGGAACUCAGAAAGAUGGUGAUGAUGGGAAGUAAGGAAAGUGUGAAAGCAGAAAAUACAGAAUAUGCUGGCCAGCAACAGAAGGGAGCUACAGAGGAGCAAGCAGCAGGGAAGAGCAUGUUGGGGGCAAGUGAGAAGAAAGUGAAGAUACUUGAACAUCAGCGCAAUGAGCUAUUGGAGGUGAAUAAACAGUGGGACCAUCAUUUCCGGUCCAUGAAGCAGCAGUACGAGCAAAAGAUAACAGAUCUACGGCAGAAACUUGCUGACUCCCAAAAGGCCCUAGCAGAGUUGGAGACAGAGCGGGAGCAGAAACAGAGGGAUUUUGACCGCAAACUUCUCUUGGCAAAAUCCAAAAUUGAAGAAGAAGAGGCAGAAAAAAAGAGUCUCAGCGGGGAGGUGAAGGACCUCAAGCACAAGGUGAAGUUUCUUCAGGAUCAGUUGGUGCCAGUCACAAGGCAAAGAGAGUACCAGGAGAAGGAGAUUCUCCGACUAAAUAAGGCCCUAGAAGAGGCUCUGAACUUCCAAGCACCUCCUCAUUCCCCCUCAGCCUUCAAAAACGAUCCUAGCCCAAGUCUUCGGCACCAGGAAGUGAUGACCCAGAACGAGCUUCUGAAACAACAAGUGAAGAUUUUUGAGGAGGAUUUCCAGCGGGAACGGAGUGACAGGGAAAGGAUGAAUGAAGAAAAAGAGGAACUGAAGAAGCAGCUAGAAAAACUUCAGAAGCAGCUGACCCUCACUAAUAACCAGCUGCGAAUUGUUAAAGAAGACUACCACAAAGAGAAGGAAGAAAAGGAUAAGUUUAAGAAACUGCUUAAACAGCACAAGCAGCAUUCGGGUGACAGACUGCAUCCCGAACCACAGCCAGGACAAAUUACCCCAAUCUGCCCCAUGUACCAGUUUCAGUGCUCUCCUCCAGUCCAACCACAUGCUUAUCAUGCUUUUGAGGACUGGCAGCAGAUCCGCUACCCACCCCCAGCGGUGGCAAAUGAGCAUCCUCCAAUUCAGAAUUAUCAUCGUUUCCCACCUCCAGAUUAUACCUGGUAUCCACAAUGUGUUAUAGCACACAAUCAGAACACACAAGGAGGGGAUGGAGUGAAACAGUUUCCCAAGGAAUCUGACCCUACAGGUCUCGGGUUACCUAAAGCUCAAAAACCCGUUUAACUUUGUGGUGAUAUGUGUAAGCUGCAGAAGCAAGACAGCCUUCAUGUGUUAAUCCAGCUCAACUCCUUUACUUCUGGGAUAUUGGUCACAUUUAUUUGUGCAUAAAAAGGUUCCACGCCACUUGGAUGUUUGAGAUAAUAAGUAGGAUUUUCUCUGCUACAUUCAAGGAUUCAGCUGCAAGAGAACAACUGUCAAGCCCCAGCAAUGAAGACUAGGAAUUCUGGAUUAACAGGACCUAUGUUUAGCUGAUUCUCUUACAGUCGGGCAGCUGUAUAUCUAGGAUGUGGCAAUUUUACAUUUACUGGUAGAGGAAGCAGGCUUUGGGCAGGACAGCAGUCCUUUACUAGUAAUUAAUGCCUGUAUAAGUUCAGGAUUCAGUAGUUGCCCAAGGACAAAGAAAUAAUGUAUAGGAA